ACAUCCACAACAUCAAACCCCUCAUUUCUCUUCCUCAUCACUCUCUCUCUAGAAGCCAUGAAUAAACCUCACUCUAUCUUCAUCCUCUCCUUCCCCCUCCUCCUCCUCCUCGCCGGCCACCCAUCCCUCGCCGGAGAAACCCUCCACUCCCUCUGCAGCUUUCUCGGCGGCGAUUACGUCGACUACAACUACUGCGUCUCCACUCUCUCCUCAAAUCCCGCCGCCUCCACCGCCGACGGCCACACCCUCGCCGUCAUCGCCGUCAAUCUCACCGUCACCAACGCCACGGCCGUCAAAUCCCGCGCCGACUCGCUCUCUCUCUCCUCCACCGAUUCCUUCAUCCGUUCUUCUCUCCUCAACUGCUCCUCGCUUUACGCCGCCGCCGCACCGGAUCUCCACAGCUCCGCCGCCGCCACCGCCGCCAAAAACUACACCGGAUCGGCGGCGGUGCUCGCCGACGUGCUCCGAGUUCCGGCGGGAUGCGAUCAAGGGUUUGAGAGGCAGCAGGGCGCGGUUUCCCCGAUUCGGAAGGAAAAUAAUGCUUUCUCGGACUUAACCACGCUCGCUAAAGCAGUUAAUAAUUAUAUGGCUCAGUGAUUUUAU